AAAUCAGUUAUGUGGACAGCACAUAUAUCACAAAGACACAAAAAAGAAUUAAAUGUUGUAUGGUGACUUUUGUGUUUGCAAAAUUCGACACCACUAAAAUAUAAUCUUUGAAGGGACAUCAUCAAUACAAUGUAGGUCAACAAAUGAGAGUCUGCUGAACAGAAGGCAAAUUGCAAAAAUACACAAAGGAAUCAGCCAACACCUGAGGAAGGAAUCUGUAAACACUAUUAUUGACUAAUACAACUUCCAUCUGUUUGCCUGAGAUAUCCAACGAAGGACCUUUUCUGAUACACUCUGAAUCCUCCAAAGGACACUUACUGUCCAAUGCUAAGGUUAGCCAUCUGACACUAAAAAACAAUUCCUUCCAAUAUCCCGUAAGAAUAUAUUCCAAUGAUGGACAAAAAACACUGAAGUACAUCCUAGUGUUCAUUACAGCUCCAAAGACAGAGGAUGCUCCUAACUUUAAGUCUUACACUGGACCAGAAAUGGAGAUGCCAAGGAUACAAAGAUGAAAUGGAAGAAAACUUGAAGUUAAGUAAUAAUGCCAAGGAACAGCUAUGGACAGACACCUUCUCCGAAAGGAAUAAAGAGAUUCCGCUCAUUAAAAACAUUUACAACUCGUUAGAAUGCAGCAGUCAGAAAGUAAACUAUGAAGAAAAAGUGAAAACCUAUCACAUGAAGUACUCUUACAUGAAAUCAUGGCCUGGACUACUCAAGAUGUUGUGUGGAAUGGAGCUUAUUUUUGGAGCUAUGGUUGUUGCUUGUGUAUAUGCUAACAUUGAGAAGGACAAUAUGUGGUAUAAUCUUUUUGGAUAUCAGAUGCCAGGCAACCUUUAUGGAAAUAUCUAUUACAGUGGACCAAUGACUUCUUUUGUGCUGGUAGUAGCAGGCUUGUCAUGGAUUGUCACCGUGAUUUUGCUAGUCCUAGGCCUGUCUAUGUAUUAUAGAAUUAUUCUAUUAGACUCUCAGUGGUGGCCUGUCACAGAAAUUAUAAUCAAUGUCCUAAUGUUCCUCUUGUACAUGGCUGCUAGCAUAGUGUACAUCAAUGACAUUAAACGUGGGGGCCUGUGCUAUUCUUUGUUUGCCCAAAACCAAAUGUUUGCCCCAUUCUGCAAGACUGAAAGUGGGCAGAUAGGAGCCAUUGCCUUCCUGUUUGUAAAUGUGUUCAUGUAUAUAGCCAGUGUGAUUGUAUCUCUGAAGAUGUGGAGGCAUGAAGAAGCUCGGAAGGCAAAGGAAGUACUGCAAAUUAAGGAUUCAUCUGAAUUCUACACAGAGCUGGAAGAGAAAGAAUCAGAGAAAGUGGAGAUGUCAUCAGGGAACUUAAGCGGACAAGCUGCUAAACAUGUUAUAUUUUAUGAGGAAGAGCUGGACCACAGGUGCAUGACCCGAAGUAUCCCUGCAAUACGCAAACCAAAACCUCACUUCAUUCCAGACUACAAAAUUAAAUAUCCACCAAUUUCUACAGCAAAACAACGAGAGUGCUAUAAAGCUGUUUUCAAUGACCAGUACACAGAGUACAAGGAGCUUUAUGAAGAUGUCUUCAAUGCACUUGCAAAAUUUAAGGAACUUGAUGUCAUGUUGGAAAAGCUGCAUCAUCAUACAGAGAACCAGCAGGAAAAUGAAAGAAUCAGAAGCAUUAUGCAGGAUUACAGGAAGAAAAAGACGUGUCCCAUCUUUUUGGAGAAAAGGGAGCGUUGCGACUAUCUGAAAAAGAAAUUAACUCAUAUUAAACAGCAGAUCCAAGAAUAUGAUACCAGAACAAAGAAAGAUGAGUCAGGAGCAGCUGCAUUUUAGUGUUGGCCUGCAUCAUACAGUAGUUACUUUAGAAAUGGACCGAUGUAAAGGCAGUGAAAUCUGAAAGUAGUCAUAUUGAUCCCUCAUGUCUGAAGAACUGGCAGAGAUUUACAGCAAUGCUCUGAACCUUUCAUAAGUAUGUCUAUGUAAGGGGUGCAGAAUUAAACAGCACUAUACCUCCCGAGUAAGCCUCUGGUGUGGCAAGAGCUGAAGCAG